UCUUGGAUUGCUAUGAUUUUUCAGCUUUUGUUUUUAGACAUCUAUUUCUUAGUUCUGAACGGUGCAGAAGUACUUUGGAGGUCUCGGAGAUCAACUCAGUUAUCCGGAAAAUGUGACUGAAAAAUGAAAAACAUUAAUGGAAAGAUGAAAGAAGAAAUAUGAGCAGCAUCACACAAGAGUCUUUUUUGAAAGAAGAGAGUCCUUUUUGAAGUACUUUUGGAGCGUCACAUACUCAAGGAGGGCACGGCCCCAACCUGUUAUCUGUCAUCACCGCCGCCCCGGACAUCUCAAACAAAUACGAGUAUCCGAUCACCGUAUGAACUCGAUGAAUCCACGUAUUUAGGUUCCCCGUCAAAUCAUCGCCGGAUUCUUCCGAACCACCACACUGACGCCCUUAUUCCGUCUGUGUGCAUCCGUCUUAGCUAUUCCCGGAAAAGCUCCCCUCCAAACCCCGCACUCUUCGUUUCUUUCUGCAUUCUAAGUACCAAGUCCACCGGAGCUGCUCGCUCCCCUCGAAUCCCGCCUGUCCGAGUCAUUUGACCUCGUAUGCGGUCAACUAUACGCCACUUGGAUGAGUUGGAUUCUCCGGCUCGGUGUUCCUUGUCCUACCCGCAAUUUCUUUCGAGGUUUUGCGUGUGAGUGCUUCAUAGCUGGCCAAACGUUACUUCUGUUAUUGUACUCUCCUAAACCGAUAAUUGACAUCUUGAUUUCGUGGCUUAGCUUGGGGAUCUCAGUUUCAGUGUGAAUAUUUUUGCUGGUUACACCAUAAUCGCAAAAUCCAUGCCUAAUGGCACUGUUUGUAUGAUCCUUUAUCCAUUCGUUCUGAUUUUACACAGAUGUGAUAUUUGCUAGUCAAUAUGGACUUUCAUCUGCCUUUUGAAGUUGGUCAAUCUGCUGAGGCAAAAUCUUUCCAGCAAGGAUACCGUGGCGCAUGGUUUCGUUGCAAGAUAAGGGAGAUAAAGCAAAGUCAUGGACAUUGGAAUGCCUUGUUGGAGUAUUUUGAUUUUCCUGAUGAAAAGUUAACAGGGUUAAGACUAUAUCAACGUCCUCCAUCUGGUGCAAAGUCAAAGAGCAGUACAAGGCAAUUGAUGUUGCGGCCUUCCUAUCCACCAAUCAUCCGUGAAAGUGAGAUAGCCAAAGAGAGUUUGAGAACAGAAGUGAGAGUCAUUAUUCAAGGCGCUUGGCAGGUGGGAGAUCUGGUGGAUUGGUGGUCUAGUGGCUGUUACUGGUCUGGAAAACUUACAAAAUUAAUUAACAAUGUUAAAGCAAGGAUUGAGCUGUUUCCACGUCCCGUUGGUGAAGGUACAUCUUAUGAAGUGCAUGUCAAAGAUUUACGUCCAUCUUUAGAUUGGUCUCCAGAGCUUGGUUGGACUUUGCCUACUUCUCUUGAUGGUAAGAAUGUCCAUCCACGUGCUCAGCUUAUCCAACCUAUUAAUAGAGAGAUAUAUCACGAUGAGGAUGAGGUUUCUAUGGAUCUUGGUGGACAUUGUGAUGUACACAGAAGCUCCGAAACAGAAAAGGAGAUGAGAAGCACAUUGGAAUCAGAUACACAUAUAUGUGAGGAUUCUGGUAACAGGGAAAGCAGUGAUGCUGCCACUCAAGUUGAUGGCCAAACUGAUGAAGACCUGUAUUACGCCACGUGUCCGUUGAAUAAGUUUAAAACAAGUGGAGGAGUCCGCCUAAAUUCCAUGAGGUCAGACACUUUGGAAGCUGCUGUAACGGAUUUGGAGGAACUGAGAAACAAGAUUAAGUGGCUUAAACAAAUAUUGGAAUCUGGAAAACCGCAAUCUAAUGCUCAUGACUCAUGGGAGUUUGUGGAACAACGUGCAUCGUCUACCCCUAAGUGAUGGGUUUCAGAAAGUUUAAGUUUUUUACAUAUUUCCGCCAAUGAUGUCUGAGAUCUUACACCUUUAAUUUCUAGGUUCUACUAUCAGGCAGGGUCGCAGGCAUAUGCAUUUUAGCAUGUGUUUGGAUUCCACUUUUGGAAUCUCUAAAGUUUUUCUGAUUGCUUUUGAUUUUUCAACAGGUUGAUUUAAUUUUUUAUAGUUGAGAGAGGAUAUUCUGGAAAGUUCUUAAAAGCCUGUUUGGCGAAAGCUAAUCUGAGUUGUUCUCAAGCAGUAACUUGUACUCUUGAAACAAUUUAGUUCUUCAAACAACACUUAAGGUACCUUUCUAAGAACUUUUACUUUAUCA